CGAGAGCAGGGAGUGUAGUGUCGAGUGCUGUGCGAUGGCGCGCACGAAGCAGACGGCGCGUAAGUCGACGGGCGGCAAGGCGCCCCGCAAGCAGCUGGCCACCAAGGCGGCCCGCAAGAGCGCGCCGGCCACGGGCGGCGUGAAGAAGCCGCACCGCUACCGGCCCGGCACGGUGGCGCUGCGCGAGAUCCGCCGCUACCAGAAGUCCACGGAGCUGCUGAUCCGCAAGCUGCCGUUCCAGCGCCUGGUGCGCGAGAUCGCGCAGGACUUCAAGACCGACCUGCGCUUCCAGAGCUCGGCCGUCAUGGCGCUGCAGGAGGCGAGCGAGGCUUACCUGGUGGGGCUCUUCGAGGACACCAACCUGUGCGCCAUCCACGCCAAGCGCGUCACCAUCAUGCCCAAGGACAUCCAGCUCGCCCGGCGCAUCCGCGGGGAGCGCGCCUGAGGCCGCUGUCCUUUCUCUGCCAAACCCAAAGGCUCUUUUAAGAGCCACUCCAUCUACAACAAAAGGAGCUGUUGACACAUGAAGUGUGAAGUGCUUAGUUGUGUUGCUUGUUUCUAAGUGUCUAUGUUUCUUCUUUCUGCUAGUUACUUUGUUUCACUAUAAAAAAGUAUCUUUUACACUGAAUAGUAUGGGAAAAGUGAUUAAAGUAAAUAAUCAGUUUGUGACACCCACAUGCAAUACUAGCUCCUUACAGUAUU